CUUGUUGGGCAAACUCACGGGAAAACCUGUUAUAAUUAAUUUUUUUAGAUAUAAUGUUCAAACGGGUUUAAAAUUAUUCAUAGUCAAAUCAAUUUGUAUUUUGAUACGGGAAAGAGCGACAGGAUAUAGAAUAGACUUUGAUAAUUGCAACAAUAGACAAGGAAGUGAGUGGGCACAAAGCACAAUAUUUAUUUUCAUAAAUAAGCUGAUCGAUUGGAUUGGUUCAUUUUCCCUAAUUAUGAUGAAGACAGCCUUUCAUAAAAUGAUGGAACACGUAAUCUAAUGUGUAAAGACAAGACGCAAAUUGGGAAUUAAUAAAAAAAACGAUUCUUGAACAGACGUAACAUUAAUCAACCGUAUUUCAUUUUAUAUACAAAAGCAACAGCAUCAUGUCGGAUCAUUGUUUGAUACUCUGCUAUUUUAUGCUACUUCUUAUGAUAAGUCUCUCUACGACAAGUGGGUCGCCGGCGGGCACCAAGAAACCAAAGAAAUAUGUCGUGAAUCUUGAUAUAGCACCAGAAAAAAGAUGGAAUCAAGUCGCGAUGGAUCACGCGGAAGUCAUCAAGGAUGUUCACACCAUUGUAACGUCCGUAAUACCAGACGUCUUGUUUCCUUAUAUAGAACGUAUAGCUGCAUACAUCGACUACUACCUACAAAAUCCCUAUGCUGGCGAAAUGAGAGGAUUUGCUACUGCACUAAAUAUAAGUGUUGGCGAUGUUGUCAUGAUGAACCUUGUCUAUGACGUCUCGGCAUUCUGUACAAGUAUUAUAUCUCAGGACGCUAGUGGCCAAAUCUGGCACUCGAGAAACUUUGACUACAAUUUCACAGAUAUUCUAAGGAACAUAACGAUUGCCGUUGAUUUCCAGUCAGGCGGUGAGACUGAAUACAGUAUUAUAACUUUUGCUGGGUAUGUGGGUGCUCCAACAGGACAACGACCAAAUGUAUUUACCGUUACAGUAGAUGAAAGAGAUAAGGGCUCUAUCAUAUGGAACCUCGUCAUUGGAAUUCUUGACAAACAAGUAUCCCCAGUGUCCUUCCUUGUUAGAGACGCCCUUGCUUAUGACAGGAACUUCUCGGCUGCAAUGGACCGUCUGUCUUACACCACUACUGCAGCCAAUGCUUAUUUCAUAAUGGGCGGGGCAAAACAAGGAGAAGGUGCAGUCAUAACAAAGGGACGAUUUGCACCCGAUGAUGUUUGGAAACUGGAUCCAGCAAGUGGAAGGUGGUUUCUUGUGGAAACCAAUUAUGACCAUUGGACCACACCACCACCAAGAGAUAAUAGGAGAGACAGAGCAAUCAAAGCGAUGACAACGUUAGGACAGAAAAAUAUAUCAGUGAGGAAUCUGUUUGAUGUAAUGUCAACCCCAAAAGUAUUAAACUCGCGUACAGCAUACACCGUUGUAAUGUCCGCUGUAAAACCGUCAUUGAUGCAGACCUGGAUAAGACUAUAGAUAUGUUAAAUGGAAUUAAGAGACUAGAAACACCAUUUAUAAAUAGAUAAUGAGAUAUUGACUUUGACUCCUUUGUCAUGUGUAUGUACCAUUGCUUUCUGUCAUGAAGUAAAUUUCGGAUGA